AUGAGUCGUAGUUUAGAGCAGAAACGGAGUUCAAUACGUCAACAAACAUCAGAUGCUGUGAAAGAGAAGAUUCUAGGACCUUGGGCUGAUGCAAGUUCACAAUAUCAAGAUACAUUUGGACCUGGACAUUCAUUUGGCCAACCAUACGUUGGUCUGCAUGGAGAAUUAAGACAGGGUGGAAGCACUGAGAAUGUGAUCCAAUUUAGGUCUUCCAAGAAUCGUCAGACGACACAGCAGGGGAGUAAGACAUGUAAAGAUGACGAGCUUGUCAAGCACAUGUCGAACUUACCCAGCUUUCUCCAGCAGGUAGCGAAAGAAAAAAGUGUCCAAGAAAAGGCAUUAAAUUUUGGAGUUCUUGAUUGGAAGCAAUUAGAGAAAUGGAAGUAUAAUGAACGUAUGCCUGCAAAAUGUAACAGGAAAACAACAUCAUGUAUCAAUAAUUCCUUGGUUAUGACAAGUGGAUCACCUAAAAUUAGUUCACAGCUGGGAAAACAACUAUCAUCACAUGGUUUACGUCCUAGUUCAUCAUCACCAGGAAAACAACCAUUGUCAUGUGGUUCACAUUUUGAUUCUUCACCUUUGAGAAAACAAUUUCCAACGUAUGGUUCACUUCUUAAUUCUCAGGCAGAAAGGAUGACAGGAGGCAUCGAACAGUCCAAAGGAAAGAGCACAUAUACCAAAGAUCUGCAAGCUCGAAGUAGCACCGUGGGUGGGCAGCAAGGCAAUUUCAGUCAGAAAGUUAAGUCUUGUGGAAGGGAUCAUUCUGAAAUAAAUAAGAGGCAUGGCGAGAGCAACGGUUCUGUUAAAAGGAUAGUAUUGGAAAAGGAAGCUUUGGCCUUAGGCAGGGGUAAAAAUGGGUCCUCCGUCUUUUCACCUAAAACAAUCAAUGUUCAGGAAGGGAAGAGUAAGACGAGAUGCAAAGAUGAAGUCUACCUUACUCCUCAACAUUGCACUGUAGAGCCACAAAACAUCGUACUUCUAGCACCCAAUCAUUUCCCAAUGACGAGUUCCUCAGAAACUUCUCAGUUUACAGAAUCCAGGAUGUUAUUUGAUGGACAAUUGGCUGAAGGAAAUUGGGCCAGGUUUUCUGAUGGCUUUUCUCCUCAGGAGUAUCAUUCAGGAGAAUUUGCCACUGUUAUUCCACAUUCAUGCCCCUUGUCUACUAGUGCUACGGUCAACACCAAUUCUGGUAUGGAGCCACCUAACUUGGUCAAUGCUGUGGCCAUGGACUCAGAAUUAUGCACGACUGCAGUUCCAGAUGACAUAAUUCUCCUACCCAAAAAAUGUGAAGCGAAACGCUCAUUUUCAUUCGAUGCUUCCAAGAGAAUGGAUGUCAAUGCUGAACAGAAAGCUGGAAAAGGAAGACAUCCGUCCCCUACUCGCCGCUUCAGCUUGAGCCUUGGGAAGAUGACCAGAAGCUUUAGUUUUAAGGAGAGUUCAGGAGUUUCACAGUUGAGUUCUACAUAUACUGCUCCGAAGUCCGGCCCAGUUGGAUCCGAACUUUCGCCUAGCAUGGAGAGCUAUAACAAAGACAAAGCAGCUGCUAGUAGCCGAAGGAGAUCUAGCCCUUUAAGAAGGUUACUGGACCCAUUGCUGAAGUAUAAAGGAGCUCAUUCGGCUGAGAUUGUUACACCACCAGAUGGAAACUCACAUGUCAUGCCCUCCAAGCCCAUGAACGACGAUGGACAAAUUCAAGACAGGAAGCAGGAUGUGUCUACUUUUCAGGCUCUUCUGCAGCUUUCAAUGAAGAAUGGACUCCCUUCUUUCAAACUUGCAGCUGAUAAUAGUAGCAACGUGCUGGCUGCUACUGUAAAGAAGUUGCCAUCGUCUGAAAAGGGUGACUGCUGCUUGAUUUAUACAUUCUACUCUGUUCAUGAAAUUAAGAAAAAGAGUACAAGCUGGAUAAAUCAAGGACCAAAAGGUAAAAGUUGUGGACUUGGCUAUAAUAUCGUCGCCCAGAUGAAGAUUUCAAGCUCUUAUCUCCCGCAAUUAAAUUCAAUGGACUCUAGUCAAUGCGUGGUAAGAGAAUGUGUCUUGUAUGGUGUUGAUCUCGGCCAGGUGGAUAAGCAAACACCUGAGCUUUUUUUCUAUAGGGAGAUUGCUGCAAUUGUUAUUAAGAACACGUGUGAAAAGCUAAAGGAUGAAUGUUUGAGCGAUAACGGCAGACCAUUCAAAGAUAGAGAGUUUGUAAGGUGUAUCUCAGGUGAAGAUGAGAACCCCAAUAGCACAGUAGUCAUUCUUCCUGUUGGAAUUCAUGGCUUACCAACUAAAGGUGCACCCUCGCCAUUAAUCAACCGAUGGAAAUCAGGUGGAUCAUGUGAUUGUGGAGGCUGGGAUGUUGGUUGCAAGCUACAAAUCCUCGCUAACCAGGACAGGCGCAGCAAGAUUGCGGGACCAUCUAUGCAUAGCUCGGCUGCAGAUCGUCUUGAUCUUUUCAUUCAGGGAGAAGAGCGAGGGAGCAAGCCAAUUUUCAGUUUGGAACCAACAAGCAAUGGAUUUUACUCUCUUGAAUUCAACGCAUCCAUCUCUUUGCUUGAGGCAUUUUCUGUAUGUGUAGCCAGCAUAACUAGUCGAAAGCUACCUGAAAUCUUAGACGUGAAUAAUCUGUCAGAAACUGCAGGGUUAUCAGAAGUCACAAUUGGAAAGGAUAAGAUGAAGCCACAAACCACACUCCAGGUACCUGUAAAAUAUGUCACUUGUCCACCCUCCUCACCAUUUGGAAGGAUCUAG